AGCAAUAGCAGCUUACUUCUCUCCGCGCCGCCAUUUCUUUUGUGUUUUGGUUAUGUUGAAUAUAUAGUGUAGGCAAUGUAAAUACAAACAAAAAGUACAAAGUAGUGUGAAAAGAUAAAUAAAUAAAUUGUUAAUAAUAGUUCGUCCGAGGUGUAAAAAAGUACUAUACAAUGAGUUCCUCAGGAGAAUGCACUGAUGAUGAAAUGUCAACAUCAUUUAACGAUAGUAAUGCUAGAAAAGAAAUCAUGGGCAACGAUAGUUUUAAUACACUUUCACAAACAAAAUCUAGUAUUUUGGAGGAAACUCUGCCUCCCGGCGUUGCGCCCAAAGGGUUCGUUAUCUUAGACGAGGAUGUUACAAUUAUUGAACCAUCUGACAAAUCAAAUUUAUCACAAAGUUGCAAGCCUAUUUUGAAAGUACUGUUUGAAAGCACAACAAUCGCCAGAAAGUACAGAAAACAUGUUAGAAAAUUACUGAUAAAUUUGUUGUCUUCGAAUGUAAAAGAAGAGAGCAAUGAGACCGAUUUGGUGUUAGAAAUUCGUGAAUCUGAUUUAAAAGAUAAAAGUUGGUACUCUGAUAAUUCAGAUGGAGAAAUAGAUUCUCUUUUUAUGGUAGACACGAUACCAAAAUUAAAGGAUGACUUUGAUGUCCCAACUUACGGACAGAAAUUCAAGAAAACUUUAGAAAAACCAUCAGAUGAAUUAAGUACAUUCAAAGAGGAUUGUUGUCCAAAACUCACUUGUUUCAAUUGUUUGGCAAAUCAUAAUUUGCGAGAUUGUAAAGAACCACGAAAUCAGAAUAAUAUCAAUAAAAAUAAGAAAGAAUUUGCUUCAAAACAGUCUAACAAAAAUUUGAGGUAUCAUCAAGAUCUUGAUCAGAAAUUUGGACACAUUGUACCUGGAAUUAUAAGUGAAAAUUUAAGAAAAGCUCUUGGCAUAAAGGACAAUGAAUUGCCGCGACAUAUUUACGGUAUGAGGGUUCUUGGUUAUCCUCCUGGAUGGUUGGAAGAAGCAAGACUUCAGCAUUCGGGAAUAACGUUAUUUAAUUCUGAUGGCGUCGCAGAAGACGAUCCUGAAGCUGAAAUGGGCGAAAUAUUUUUUCAAGGCGAUCGUGAUAAAUUUGAUACAGAAAAAAUUAUUGAAUUUCCUGGUUUCAAUAUUCCAACGCCCAAAGGAAUUCGAGACGAAGAUUCUUAUUAUUGGGGAUCAGAGAAACAAAUCGGCAGUAGCAAAAAAGCUAUGUUAAAUAUGUUAAGUGGCAAAAAAGCUGAUGUCGGUUAUAAAAGAAAAAAACUCAAAAGAGCUUUAAACACUUCAUCCACUUCAGAUGUGAUCGAAAUGGAAGUUGAAUGCUGUGAAGAAGUAACUGUAGUGGAAAAUGUUCCAACGAGAGAUUUGUUUAUGCCUGCACUUCCAAAAGAAAAACCACCAAUAAAUCCCCCAGAACCGCCUCCACCAGGUGUCGACAGUAGUGACAAUAAAUCUCAAGAAUCUUCUUCUGAAUUAACGAAUGAUAGUACAGCGCCGUCUUCGCCAGCAAAUUCAUUAGCAGCUUCGGAUACAGAAUCUGCAAAUACACAAGUCAACACGCCAACUCCAUUAAAAACUAUUAAGGUCGACUUAGGAACUCCAAUUUUGCAAAGCUUAUCACCGUUUAGCCGUCUCCCUUCAUCGGAGAAAUUCUCAAAAAACAUUUGCGAUGUUAUAAAUUUUGAAAAUUUACCAGAUUCCACCGGCAAGUACGAGCAAAUGACAGGACUUAUCCAAAAAGUCAGAACUAAAAUGGCUACAAUACACAAAGAAUGACAGCAGUAAUCGUACUUUUUAUUGUACUUGUAAAUAAAUUUCAAAAGAAGACAGAA